UUCCAGUUUUGCAGACUACAACUCCAUGUUUUUAAAGAUGGUGAUGGUUAACAUUAAUUUUUUCGUCAUUUGGUGUUCCUUGUGGACAUGAGGUUGUACUCAAACAUGGUCAGUAGUCUCAAGUUAAUAUUCUUGAUAGUCUUAUCAAGCUUGUGGAAUUGUCAUGCUGCUGCAAGCAGGGACACGCUGAAACCAGGUGACACUCUCAAUUCGUCAAGUUUCUUAGUUUCUUCAAAUGGCAAGUUUAUUUUUGGUUUCAAUGUGUCUGAGAAAUCCAACUCCAACUCCUCCUACCUUAGUAUCAGUUGGGAGAAGAGUCAGAAUUUCGCUUGGAUUGCCAACCGAGACACGCCUAUUUUGUACCCUUCAGGCGUUCUUACCCUGGACAAGAACAAAACCUUAAAAAUUACACACACAGGUGGUGAUCCUCUGGUCCUCUACUCAGCUGCUGCUUCAGAAAAUACCUCCAGUAGUAACCCUAGUAAUUUUGUGGCUACCCUGUUGGAUUCGGGCAAUUUUAUCCUACAAGAGGUGAGCUCAGAUGGAUCAACGAAGCAACUGCUGUGGCAAAGUUUCGAUUAUCCUGGGGACACCCUUUUGCCAGGUAUGAAGUUAGGCGUUAAACAUACAACUGGUCACAUUUGGUCGCUUUCAUCAUGGUUAACCGAGAAUAGCGCUGAGCGAGGCGCUUUUACCCUUGAUUGGGACCCUGAGGGACAUGAAUUGAAAAUUAAGCGACGAGGGGUGGUUUACUGGUCCAGUGGAGUCUUCAGAAAUAAGAGAUUUCAAUUCAUUCUACCGCAUGGAUCGAAGCACCUCAAGUACAACUUUAGCUUUGUCUCAAAUGAGAAUGAAGACUACUUCACUUAUACUAGGAUAUUAGAUGAUGAUGAUCAAAGUGAUGAAGUAUCAGAAUGGGUGCUAACAUCAUUGGGACGACUAUUGGACAUGACAUCAAAAGUUGAUAUUGCACGAGCAGAUAACUGUUAUGGCUAUAACACUCCUGAUGAUGGGUGCCAAACGUGGCGGCAACCAAGUUGCAGGCAUUUGGACAAUACAUUUGAGGAAGGAAAUGGUUAUUUUGAUACAACCACCAUCUCUAAUGCAACAACAACUAGUGAUCCGAAUACAAGUCUCAGCACUAAUGAUUGUAAGGCUGCUUGUUGGGAAAAUUGUGACUGUGUUGGAUUCAACUUUCUAUUUGAUAAUCAGACUGGAUGCAAGUUUUGGAACGGAAACUGGGAGUUCACUCAAGGCCUCUCUGGUUAUAGUAGUUCAACUAAUCUCUAUUUUCUAACAACAAAAAUAUCUCCCAGUGGUGCAAACAAGAGGCUUCGUCCCAUCAUUAUCGUUUCUGUAGUUGGUAUAGUGGUUCUUUUACUGCUUUGCAUCGUCUGGUUUGGUUUAAGAAGGAAAUCUGCAAUUUCAGGCAAAAACGGGACAAGGAUUGAGAAUGAAUUGCUUGACUUGAUGAAAUCUGAUAGAUCUAUCGAUAGUGUCGAGGGACACGAAAAUGAUGGAAACAUGGGACAUGGUCUAAGAGUAUUUAGCUAUGCAUCCGUCUUGUCUGCCACAUGCAACUUCUCAGCAGAAAAUAAGCUUGGAGAGGGUGGCUUUGGACCUGUUUAUAAGGGAAAAUUGAUAACCGGACGAGAUAUAGCUGUGAAGAAGCUUUCAAGGCGUUCCGGGCAAGGAACCCUGGAGUUUAAAAAUGAAUUGAUACUCAUAUCUGAACUUCAGCAUAAAAACCUUGUUCGGCUUUUGGGAUUUUGUGUUCACUGUGAAGAGAGGAUGCUAAUAUACGAGUAUAUGCCAAACAAGAGUCUGGAUUUCUUUUUAUUUGAUUCAUCCAGAGGCUUGCUACUAGAUUGGAAGAAGCGUUUCAAUAUAAUUGAAGGAAUUGCUCAAGGAUUACUUUACUUGCACAAAUAUUCAAGAUUGAGAGUAAUUCACAGAGACUUAAAAGCUAGCAAUAUACUACUGGAUGAAAAUAUGAGCCCGAAAAUUUCUGACUUUGGUAUGGCAAGGAUUUUCACCGGUGAUGAACUGGAAGCAAAUACUAACAGAAUUGUUGGGACAUACGGUUACAUGUCUCCCGAGUAUGCCAUGGAGGGAAUUUUCUCCAUUAAAUCUGAUGUCUACAGUUUUGGCGUGUUAAUGCUGGAAAUCAUAUGUGGUAGGAAAAACAAUAGCUUCUACAAUGCUGAUCGAGUACUCAAUAUAGUAGGAUAUGCCUGGGAGUUGUGGAAACAAGGUUCAUGGCUAGAAUUAAUGGAUUCAACAACGCUAGGCGAUUCCUUUGUAAGAGAUCAGCUGUUAAGAUGCCUCCAAGUUAGUUUACUAUGCGUAGAGGAAAAUGCAGCAGAUCGACCUACCAUGUCAGAUGUCAUAUCUAUGUUGACAAAAACUGAAAGUGUGCCAUUACCUAUACCUACAAAGCCAGCAUUUUUUACAGGAAGAAAAUCUGUCAGGGCUGGUGUAGAUAGAUCGGAAUCAGAGAUUUCAUCAGUAAAUGCAUUCUCCAAUUCUGAUUUUGUUGCACGUUAGGGUACCAUAUGAGGAGCUGCAGGGUAUUCAUUUCGUUUGUAAGAGUGAAUGAGAGAAUAAAUUUUUGAAAGGGGAGACAAGUGUAUUAGAACUGCAGAGAAUAAGCUGUACUUACAGAGGUCUCUAUUGUCAUUCCAUGUGGUGCAAGAUAUUUAAAAAGGCUUAACUUGUUUUGGAUCA